UCCGCCCGUCCCCGACGACACGCAUACCGCAGCGACCGCACUACCGUCGUCGUCGACGUCCUCGUAAUAUUCGCGGUUUUUUUCCCCGUCUCGUCGUGUGAUUAUUUGGUUCCCGUCUUGUCACGUAAUUUUUCGGUCCCGUCUAGUCGCCGCCGAACAUGCAUCUAGCGGAACCGAUGAGAAACCGCGACGGUUUCCUCAAGGCCGACGUGCUGGCCGAACGGACGCUGGACAGCCUMCUGGCCGAACAUCCCGGCGAACUGGUCCGCACCGGUUGCCCGCACGUCGUGUGUACCGUGCUGCCCACGCACUGGCGGUCCAACAAAACGUUGCCGGUGGCCUUCAAGGUGGUGGCGCUCGGCGAAGUUCCCGACGGCACGCCAGUCACUAUACGCGCCGGAAACGACGAGAACUUUUGCGCGGAACUGCGGAACUGCACUGCACUGAUGAAAAACCAGGUGGCCAAGUUUAACGAUUUGCGGUUCGUCGGACGGUCUGGUCGAGGAAAAAGUUUUACACUGACUAUAAUGUUGAAUUCGUGUCCACCGCAAGUAGCUACUUAUUCCAAAGCCAUUAAAGUCACAGUGGACGGUCCUAGAGAGCCAAGGUCGAAAACCAGCCUAUUAUUUAACUCGUUUGCAGGAAACCAAGGGUUCCAUCCCUUUCAUUUUGGACCUAGACCUUUUCCGUUCGGUACGCCACUGGAUCCUAAUAGAAUUGCAGAAUUGCCAUUAAAAUUGUCAGGUCUUGCCCACUCGUGGGGAACAUCGUUUUCCAGAGCUUUACCGUCGACCGCAUAUCCCCCAUAUAUGGGUAACAAUUGCGGCCCACCGACAUUUCAACACUCAAACUUUACAAAUAUUUUUCCGUACAACGGAACGACCACUGAAGUGAUUCAACAACAGACGAUUAACACGGGUACAGAUGGCAACAACAGCAACAAUAGAACCACGACGGAACCAUUGGGACCGAUCAGCGUCAACGUGAGCGUAGACAACACGACGACUAGAAGCCACAGGACCGGAAUCAGGGGCCACAGGGGCUUGUUGACCACAGUAUCUGGGAGUGGAGCACACAAACGGCACCACCACCACCAUCACCACCAUCACCACAAGCGACACCGGGACAACCGGUCCGAGAAGAGCGCAACAGGACCGGUGGCCGCGGAUCGCUUGUCACCGACGGCCGUUGCAGCGUCAGCAGCAGCAGCAGYUAUCAAUCACAACGACAACAACAACAACGCCAGCGGCGCCGGUGUCGGCGAAGAACACGACAAAAAUAAACGACGUGCGACAGAAGACGACCACCGCGUUCGGCGCGCGGCCAGGACGCCUUCAUCGCCGCCGCCUCCGCCAACGUUGCGACUGCCUCCGCCUGCACAGCCUGUGGCUCAGCUGCCUCCGCAUAUUAUGGCCGCGGCCACCGUGUCACCGCAAUCGCACCAACCUCCCGCGACCGUGCCUGCGCCACCAGUCACUCAACCCGUUCCGCUCGUGGCGCCGUCGCUGUUCAGCCUGUUCCUGAACGCGCCACUCCUGCAACCACACACGCAGUGGCUGUACUCUCAGCUGUACCCAAAUCCGUAUCUGAGCCACAUACGCAACACCAUGAUAUUCGACAACGAGUCGACGGCCGCUGCCGUGGCCGCGGCCGCGGCGCAGAAGGUCGUGGAUGGCAACGUYGGUGGUGCCGUCGAUGAUGGCGACGGGUCGACAGCCGAGAACGAAUCUCCCAAAAAGUCGCCCACCGACGAUGGUGAAGCGGACAUCGGCGGUGGUGGUGCCGACGAAGAAGACGACAGGGACGGAGCUGAUGCUUCGCCGGCCGUCUCACCUAAGACGACUGCCAAACAGACGGACGUCUGGCGGCCGUAUUAAUGCGAUCACCGUGGCCUUAGCAAUGUUGUGUCUAUGACGAUGUAAAGUCACGCGGGGACGCUGAAGUUUAUCGUAACAGGAUGACGGUUUCAUUAAAACUGAAUUCGUAUUUUGUACGAUAGCACCACUCGAGGCGGACGUCUUCCUAUGCACAUGCGUACAAUUUUAAAAUAUUAAUAAUUAUACGUACCUAAUACUUAAGUUUAGGUAUCUCAUUGAGGAUUACAUGGAAUUAUCCCAAUAUUAUAUUACAAUAUAUUAUCAUAAACGAUACAUCACCCAUAUGAACCCACCUUUAUUUUUAUGAGCCGUAACCCACUACCUCUCGAGUCCUGCAGGGAUAUAGGUUCGAUGUUACUGAUGCAAUGUUCUUUAUAUAUACACACCCAGAGGUCGUGACUCGAGAACAUCAAUACUUCGUUUUGUAUUGAUUUGUGUUUCUUUUUUCGGUAAAUAUUCAUCACUAUACCAGCUAGGAUACACCAUAUACGUGUUAAUUAUUAUAUUUAUUUAUGUUUUUCGUUAGCUCUUUUGUGAUAUUAUAGACUUGUGCAGGUCGACUGGAGAGCGUAUUUAAGUAAGCAAAAAAAAGAUAACAUUGUUACCAUACAUAAUUUAAUGUUCAUUAUAAUGUGUAUAAUUUUGCACGUAUCAUCGUCUCCCGACAAAACUACCUAACCUAACCCUGCCCCGUGGCACCAUCACCACAGUCACUUCCGCUGCUAUCUUAUGUUGUAUACUUGUAUGUAUUAGAUACUUAAUUAUAUACCUGUAUUCCCGACAUAGCCACGACGCGUCAAUUACUCCCGUUCGAUGUAAUUAUUUGUUAUAUURCGUAGGACCACCCUAUUACUAUGGACUUUACGUAUUAUAAAAUAAAUCAUAAUAUACCUAUUGUGUAAAAUAACAUUAAAUAUUAUAUGUUUGURUAAGUAAAAUAAUCCACUCCUGUACCUGCGCGUCCAUUAUAAUAACAUGGUAGUAGGUAUCUAUGGUACACGAUAAUGUCCCACCUACUACCAUUUUAUUAUUAUAAUUAUUACUAUUUUUUUUCAACGUGUAUUUUAUGUUUAAU